UGUUUAUAUAAGCAUUUAUUUAACUAUCAUUUAUUAAAUUUUAUAUAAUAUCUUCUUCUUAUUUCUUCUGGUUUUCUUGCUUCCGGCAUCGUUUUGUUACUAGCGUUUCUAAACCGAAAAAAUCACUUAGGACCAAUACAAAAUGUACAAUAUCGACAUCGGAGAAACCCAAUCAAGUUUCAUCGUUUUCCUUAAUGUUUAAUUAUGUUCAUCGAGCUCCUCCCUAUUCUUGCUUUAAUUUCUGGCUGCUGAUUAGGAUGUUCGAACAGUGUUGAGCAGGUCGCCCCACUCAGAAGGUAUAACUCUACGUUUGUCGAAACGAUUGGAAUGGUUUGAAAGCACGUGAAGAACCGACACGGUUGACGAUCUCUUAACGAGUGAUUUUUUUUUUGUUUGGUUUGUCUGUUUCUUUUCUAGAAACUAACUUUCAACAUGAAUGGAAAACUCGAGGACCAAGCAGCGAUUCAGGAAUGCAAUGUGACAUAACCUAGCAAGCGAUCGUGAGACUAGAAACGUUCGAGAUUCCACUAUUCCCGCGACUGUUAUAACGUAAAAUUCGUUUAUCGACAAAACUAUGUUCGGAAUAAAUUUGAUUCAAGAAAUUCAAUGUAAUGGUUUUUCCUAGAUUUCUUAGAUUUUUUUCUGACUUUACGUGAUUUUUCUACGUGUUUUUUUUUGUGUUCUAUUGAUGGAACUAUAUCUUUUGAAUUUUUUUUCUGUUUCACUACUGAUGAAGUCUUAAAUGUUGACUUAAGCUACUUCUGAUGUUUAUCCUUUAUGUACGUGUGGGGAUGAACUUCUUUGUUUUACAAAUAAAUUGUAAACUCAAAAAACUGUUUGCCCGCUAUGACAAGAGAAAUAAAACAAAAGUCUGACUCUUUUUCACACUUCCCAGUAUAUAUUAUCCUUCUAAAUGCAGUGAGCUGAAUGUGUUUGACUAUGUGUGUUACUUUUACAAGCAAUUGUAUGGGUGUUAUUGUUGUCGUUCGUGUCUGCAAUGUGUCGUCAAGUAUUAUGCAUUUUAUUGUUUACACUGAAGUCGUAUUGUUGGUUCGGUCUCUCUGUCCAAUAGAAAGACGACAAACUCUUGCCAACUUAAACGUUUUGUAUGUAGGUUUCUCUGCUACCUCUCUCCUUAUCCGAUUCGGUUUUCAUCGAGUUCGUUAUGUAUAUUCUUGAUAAUAAAUAUAUACUUUAAUAAAGUGUGUAAUGUUAUUUCUAUAUUUAUUAUAUAGUUUCAGACUUUUUGUAACAUUUUUUCCAUACUUCUUCAUUUGAAUUUUGGUAGAACCAAGGAGCAAUCGAGUUUUGCCAUCGUUAUAAAUAUAUUUUGCUAUUGUUUUUUAUUUGUGUAAUAAUUUGUAUGUUGUUAUCGGACUAUAUAUGGCAAAUGUGAUUAACUAAGAUAAAUUAUCAUGUGAAUAAAAUCAAUCAUAGAUGUUGAAUAUUUUUAAACACUCACCAGAAUAAGGAAAUCCGUUCCAAUGGCAUGGGCAACGGAAAAGUAUUAUGACUGAGCAGCGUAAAAAUUAACAAUAUAUUAGAGUGAAGAAAAAAAACCGCACCAGAAAUCAAUAACCUUAAGCUAUGCUUUGUAGCUACACAUCUAAUUUCUUAAUUAAAUAAUAUGGAUUACAUAUUAAUGAAAUUUAAUCCAGUUUAAACAUCAAUUCUACAGAGUGCUUCAACUUUCGUUGAAAAACAUAACCAUUGAAUUAAUGUAUUAUGUUAAUUUCCAAAUAGUUUUGAGUUAUCCAAUAUUUUCAAAUCAUUUCAAAAACACGAAUCAGCCUUGGACAAAUCAAUUCAGAAUUAUUUAUUUUAGUUUAUGUCAAAAAAUAGACAACAUCUCGAGAAAUUAAAAGAAGUCGUAGCGGUAACAGCAAGAUCAAAAUAUUGAAUAAGUAUUGGUCGUAUCACGAUGAUAUCAGCCGGUUGUAUUUUAUAUGGGUUCGCUUUCUCUUCUUCAGUGAAAAUUGUAACUUCUGUACUCACGUUGAUCAUUAUGAUAUUGAUGGCUCUCUUGUUUGUUUGUUUGUUUUUGCAUUUGAUACUAAUCUGUUUCUUUUUUUCUGUUAUCUCUUCUCAUCUCUAUAAAAUGUGCGUUAUUUGACUUAUAAUGAUUUGUUUUUCAGUAAUCUGUUUGUGGUAUGUUGAUUUUCCGUUUUAUUUCUGCUGCAGACGAUGAUUGAUAAUAUGUUAUGUUUGCACUAAGGAUUUUCGAACACCUUUGAUUUGGGGUGACACCGAAAAGUAUUUCUCUGACUGAAGCAUAAUUUUAUUUGUUCGUUAGCGAACCGAACAGAAAUCGUUUUGAAAUAAUAAUGUUUUCGCCAUUCUACCCGAGACAAAUUUGAUAUAUUCUAAUCUGAAGUUUUCGUUUUAAGUCAUUGAAACACACGAGGCAGUGAUCUUUAGUGUUUGUCAUCAUUCACUCUUUACACAUAUGAAUGCUGAUUACACGUAGUAAGAACUUUUCAACAUUCUCAAGAAAGCUUGAGGUUCAAAAUAUUAGGGGGAAAGACGGCUUUGGCAGGUUUUGUUCUAUUAUUGUCAGGGGGGUUUUUGUCGACCAAAUUUUAUGAAAUUUGGCCACAAUAUUCUUUAAUAUGCAAAGAAUGUUCAGGCCAAAUUUGAGCCUAGUCAGUCAUAAAAACCCCCCCUGCCAAUAAUAGAACAAAACCUGCCAAAGCCGUCAUUCCCCCUAAUUAAAUUAAAUAAUAUCGAAAAUAAUAUUUAUUGACAGUAUUAUUAGUCUAUUUCCUUUUAAUAUUCAACGUCGUGAUAAAACCAAAAUUUAAAUACGAGAAGAUUGGAUCAUGUAAAAUUAGUUAACAGUUACAUUUUAUUCGAUUGUAGCAUUUUAUCCACAAAAUUAUUGUAAACUAAGCAUUAACGUUGUAUAUAAUGUGUUUGGAUGAAUUGAAUUAAACACCUUCGUUGAACGAAAAGAAAGUUGAACAUGUUCAAAUUUUUACAAGUCAAUUUAUUUCGACUGAGUAGAACAAUUUACUUCUUCUUUCAAAACGUAGCAUAAGUCCCCUGUUCACUCGUUGCUACUGCAAUUCUUUUAAUCCUGUAUAAACAACCAAAAAAUAUGGCAAUAAAUGUUGGGAAGUAUUGCUUAUUGCUUUCAAAAAGAUAUAAGUACCUUGUUUCCAUGACCUUAGAAGCACGAGUUAUUUGUAUUUACGUAGUAUUUCAUCGUAUUACUACAAUAAAAUUUCUUUUAAGAGACCACGUCGAAACACUUGAAAUCUGCCGUUCUCCAUUCCUCUAUCCUCGUCGUGCGCUGCGCUACCAGCCGGAUUAAAAACGAAUACCAUUGAAACAUGUCUCGUCUAACGUAUCUUCCCCCGCAACUUGCCAUAUUCUGGAUAUUUGGUUCGCUAUAGAGUUGCACGAGUUAAUGAUUCAUUAAACAUCGUCACCGAAAUUGGUCAGGAUACGGUGUUAGACUAAACAUACUAUUCGGAUGUAUAAUCCAACUUUUUUUUAUACAUAUACUACUGUAGCAGAAAUCAUGCUUUAACAAUUUAAAAUGUAGCCAGCCAAUAUUUCGUGGCCAACGCGAACGAAGACCUGCAUGCGCAGCAUCAGUUUGAGAAUCAAAAUAAAACGGGCUAUGCAAAGUAUGUCGAUGUGGAUCUUUUUGGAUAAAGCCCCUACUGAUCUAGGGAAAGUGAUUUUCACAAGAUGCAUACAAAAGGUUUAUGACUCGUCGUUAAUUUCUAUUCCGAAAAUCAUGUUGGGAGUCUACAGGUAAAUCCCAAACAAGACCUGAUUGGUUCUAGUCACCAAUCAAACCAGCAUGAUCCAUAUCGUGAAGAUGACACAGAAUAGCUUCUAUGAGACAAAACAAAGUGUGCAUGCGGUCAUUCGAUUCGGUGGUAAUUCACUCAUCAAGCAGUCAACCAGUUUCAGUUUAAUCCAAAGUUGUUCAUGUGAAUAAGCCGCUGGCGUCACUUCAACAGAGCUAUUAAUAUGACAAGCAACAGUGAUUAGUGCUUCCCCUCGACGCGACUGUUGUCUAUUACGAACCUAGCGAUCGAUUUAGUUUUCAUUUCCGAAAAUUUGUAUCUGAAGAAUUUACCAGCGAUAAAGACCGCACCGCGUACGCUAACGAUCAGAUUUCUAAAGAAUUAUUAAAAAUCCAGAUUAAUCCACCUAAUGGUGAUGAUGCCUUUCUCGAUUCAAUCGUUUUGUUUCGUCUUAGUGUGGCACAUAAAAAAAUUGCCUAUUUCACGGCUUUUGAAAACGCAUCAUAGCGAAUCAAUCAACCAACCUUAUAUUGUGCGAUACACUUUUUUCUUCAUAACUUUUGAACGCAAUGGCAGAUCGUGAUUAUAUUCAAUAGUUUUCAACUAGAGUUUGCCCUCAUCGAAUGUAACUUGUUGCGAGAAAAUUCAUUAAGAAUGACUAUACAAAAAGUUGGCUUAUGUUUUUCGAUUUUCAUGUGCACACACAUACACACUGACUGACAGACAUUUCUCGCUUAACUUUUCAAAAGGAUCUAAGUAACAUUUUUUCAUGAACUAAUUCUAAACUAAACUAAUUCUGCUUCCUUUUCUAUUUCACAGUUCGAGCAAGUCGCAGUUUUAUUGGAACGUGUCUGUAAAUUCCAAGUUUAAGUGGUGGAAAAGGUUCUAAAAAACCCUUUAUCACGUAGCAAGUCGUGAGUUGUCGUGAAUCUACAAACCCUAAUCCCGAAGGGCAUUGAUUAGGUCGAAUCAGGUAUUCAUAUUCAACCUCAUCUAGACGACCCUAGUUCCUAACCCCACUUCUGUAUCCAAUCACCACAUGCUCAGGACCCAAACGGUUAUCGAAUCAAAUUCGGUUCAUUAAGAGGCCUAACGGACUUGAGUGAGCUGCCUCGCGGUUGCACGCAGUACCCGCAAGCUCCAGGAGGCGCGACGAAGUCCUACGACUACGGCCAAGAACUACCCCGAAGGCAUCCGGAAUCCGGUGAACCCGAGAAUUACCUCUCCAUACGGUGGCCGAUUGUAGGCGUCAUCUGGGACCUUGUGGGCUUCUCGUUAAUACACUCCGAGGUCACAAGGAGUCGAAGCCGUAGCCAAGCUUAAGUGGCGUGACGAAAUCCCCCGAGUACGGCCAAAACCGGUACUGAAGGCCCCUGGAAUCCCGUGAACCCGACUACCCAUUCUCGUUGUGUCCACCAGUAGGCGUUAUCAGAACCACGAACGCUUCUGGAAACGCUGCCAAGUAACCCACGAUAGGUGCAACGAUCCACGUGGCAGGCAGAACACAUCUACGGUACAUGUCAGCAGUGCGUAGCCGGCCGGCUCCGUUCCCAUUUCUACACUCACACACACACCAAUAUGUAAGUGGCAAAAUAAAUAAUCUAAAAUUCCAAAGUGUAGUGUUAUACCCAAUCCAAGUGAAAGAACUAUUGAACAGCAGUAGUAGCCGACCCUGAGAGCAAUAGAGCUUAAGCUCUGACUAGCCGGUGCUCAGGAAUUUAGCAGGGUCCAUCUGACCCGUAGUAACAGGUUCAACUUGAUCGCACGAGUGGAUGAAGUGAGCAUGGAAAAAUCGCUGUUCAACGGUCUCGGAUGUAUCAAAGGAUUCGUGUACGAUAUCGACCUGGUAGAAAACCCAGUAUUCCGGAAUGAUCCACCCAGAAGAAUUCCACACGCGCUCCGUUCGAAUGUGAAAGAAGAAUUGGAUUCGAUGUUGAAAAUGGGUGUUAUCGAACCAAUCACAGAGCCAACGCCCAUCCUCAACGCAAUGGUAAUAGUGCGGCAGAAGGCAUCGAACGUCGUGCUCAAGCCCAGGAUAGUCAAUCAAGUGACUGAAAGUUUAAAGCAGAAAAGGCUACAACAGAAGGAGUAUGCAGAUAGGAGUACGGUUAAACCUAAAGAAUAUCAAGUUGGACAACCGGUCAUGCUAAAGGAUAUGAAGUCAGGACUUUGGAGAGACGGAAAAAUAAUGGAGAGACUCGAGCACCCAAGAUCGUACAUGGUACAACUAGGAGAUGGGAAAGUGUUGCGAAGAAAUGUCCGGGAUAUCAGAGAAAAGAAAACUCUCCAUGACGUCGAUAACAACAGAGUGCAGUAUUACAGUCAGAUCCAACCGGCCAUAAACUUUCGUGGAGAUCUGCACGCAGAUCUUCACCUAGAAGGUGAUCCUCAGCCAAUAAUACUACCAGCGGAUCCAAUGGCCUUACCGGCCAGUCAAUCGGUGUCCACAGCCACAUCGACGAGAACAAGGAGCGGAAGAGAAGUGCGCGCAAAACGCGAUGACAAUUUUGAAUAUUACUAACUCACUCAAAGGGGAAGAUGUAACAGUAGUUGAUUAACAUUUAUUAAACUUGUAUUCCGACUGUACCCUCUUUAUAUGUAACCUUGCUCAUAUACUCACAUCAUUGUACGCACACACCUAUACUCAUACAUACAACAGAGAGAACCAAAUAAAUCAUUCCGUACCGAGACGCCAGCCUGUUAACAAGUCCAAUAUCACAGGAAGGGAGGAAAUGUAUAAACCGGUCAUCGGACCGGAUAGUCUGCACACCGUAUCGAAUUACAACGGCCAACGAUGCAUAAACUUCGCAGCCUCCCGCGGAAUGGUAGUCCGAAGAACCUUCUUUCCCCGCACAAAAUAUCCACAAGGCCACAUGGAGGUCACCUAAUCAAGAAACGGAAAACCAAAUCGACCACGUUCUAAUCAACGGUAAAUUUUUCUUAGACAUCACGAACGUCCAAACUUUAUGCCUCACAGAUUUUAUGCCGUCGACUAGCAUCAAUUGCAAGGGAGUUCGUGGGGCAGUACUAAGCGGAUUUUAUAGGCGAACGCUCCACCACGGACCAGGUAUUCGCCAUUCGCAAAGCACUGCAGAAAUGCCGCGAAUACAACGUGCCCACACAUCACCUAGUUAUCGACUUCAAAGCCGCAUAUGUGUAUCAUAUCGAUCGGGACCAGCUAUGGCAGGUAAUGCACAAAAACGGAUUUCCGGAUAAACUUAUACGGUUGAUCAAGGCUACGAUGGAUCGGGUGACGUGCGUAGUUCGAGUUUCAGGGGCAUUCUCGAGUCCCUUCGAAACGCGUAGAGGGUUACGGCAAGGUGAUGGUCUUUCGUGUCUGCUAUUCAACGUCGUAAUACGAAAGGCAGGGAUACGUGGUACGAUUUUCACGUGGUCCGAUUUUCGAUUUUCACGAAGUCCGUCCAGUUAUUUGGUUUCGCCGACAACAUAGAUAUUAUGGCACGUAUCUUUGAGAAGAUGGAGGAAGCCUACAUCAGACUGAAAAGCGAAGCUAAACGGAUUGGACUAGUCAUCAACACGUCGAAAACGAAGUACAUGAUAGAAAGAGGCUCAAGAGAAGACAAUGUAAGCCACCCACCACGAGUUUGUAUCGGUAGUGACGAAAUCGAGGUGGUUGAAGAAUUCGUGUACUUGGGCUCACUGGUGACCGCCAAUAACGAUACUAGCAGAGAAAUUCGGAGACGCAUCAUGGGGGGAAAUCGUACGUACUUUGGACUCCGCAAGACGCUCCGAUCGAAUAGAGCUCGCCGCCAAACUGACAAUCUACAAAAAGCUCAUUAGACCGGUAGUCCUCUACGGACACGAGACCUGGACGAUGCUCGUGGAGGACCAAGGCGCACUUGGAGUUUUCGAAAGAAAAGUGCUGCAUACAAGAAGGAGUGCAGAUGGCGGACGGUACGUGAAGGAGACGAAUGAACAACGAGUUGCAUCAGCUGUUGCGAGAACCAUCCAUCGCUCACACCGUGAAAAUCGAAAGACUGCGGUGGGCCGGGCACGUAGCCAAAUGUCGGACAAAUCCGGUAAAAAUGGUUCUCGACAACGAUCCGACGGGAACAAGAAGGCUAAGUGAACAGCGGGCAAGGUCGAUCGAUCAGGUGGAGAACGAUUUGCGGAACCUCCGCAGGCUGCGUGAUUAGCGACGCGCUGCCAUGGACCAAGCUGAAUGGAGAAGACUUUCUUAUAUAGCACAGGCCACUCUUGCCUUAGUCUGAUAAUAAAUAAAUAAAUUCUCUAUCUUAAGGAGACGACGAUAUAAGGGGUGAGAUGAUCUUUGAAAAAGGUGAGGAUAUUGGGGGAGGGGUAUUUUUUAGUUCGAUCAGUGUAACUUCUCUUCUGGAAUACAUAUUUACAUAUUUUUUGGAAUGCAUAUGGGUCAUUCCAUAUGAAGUGACCGAGAAAAAAUGCAAACGUGCAAUCGACUUUCUUAGAAUUAAAUGAAAUUUUGACCAAUUGUUUAUGUAUGGGUUAUACCCCAAAAUCCAAAAUUUCGUAGUGAUUGGACCUCCCCACGAUUAAUACGACCAUCCCCCUUUUCGGACAAAUGUAUGAAACCCAUCAUUUUGUUUUGUGAAUAUCUCUGGAACUGUGAGGUCUAUAAAGAAUCUAAGGUAACCAUUCGAAAGAAGAUUUUUCAAGGAAUUUAUAAAAAAAUAUUUUUUUGAUGUGCAGUGUUGCCAAAUGAACAAUUUUUAAGUUUUUGUCCGAAAAAUGCAUUUUUUACCCAAUGAGUAUAAUUUUUUUUAAAAAUAACCUCACCAACGUGUUCUUUGGCCAUUUUUACAUUGGGAACGCUUGAAACCCCGAGGUACUAUGUUCCGAUCUUGAGAUACAGGAUUUUAAAAAUGAAAAGUCCUUUUUUCACUGUGAACAUUGAAUAUUUUUACCAAUUUCCGAACAUACACACACAUUCGCAUUGACACAUACACACACAGCUCAAUUGGUUGCUUCCCCACUUUCCGCAUCGCGUUUGAAAUUUAUAUGAAGAUUAGCAUGGAUUUUUUUUGCAUUCUUGCUCCUAGCGGCUUUAUUUUAUCGUUAAUUCAAUCAUCUGACUCAAUACGUUAGCAUAUAGUCUGAAAGAUGCCGAAAAAGUUUGCUGAAGAAUAAGCAUUGCUGGAAAUUUUACAACGCUUUGAAGUUUGAUUGUUGAAAUGUUUCUGCCAGCACUAUACUACAAUUUGUUCCUCAGUCCUAAAACACGUAGUUUGGCAGUGCUGGCAGAAUAAACAAUUUUGGUCGUCGUUCCAGUAAGGAUCACUCACAAAAAACUCCACAUUAUAUUCAUGAGUUCACACAUGGAUUUUUGCAAUGGGGUUGGCGAAAAGGAUUCCAUAUUUUCGACACAUAUAUUCCAUGGGCCCACAUGCAUUGCAUAAGUGUUCACACAUACUAUCCAUCUGGGUCAUAGUAUCCAUGUGUGAAUUUGUAUGCAAUUAGGUAUGUGCCGACGCAUGAUAUGCAUAUUUCAAAAUACAUGGAUUUUUCCCAUAAAGUAUGUGUCGAUUUUCCUGAGUGA